AUGGAAGCCAAAGCCAUUAGAGAAGAGGCCUUGAUGGCCAAAUCGACAGGUCUUGAAGCGUUGAAUCAUGCCAUCGCCGCGGCGGACUUAUACAUGAAGGCUGCACACGAAGCCACCUCACCAGCCGCCCGCUCUCAUUUCAGGAGAAAGUGCGCAGGACUCAUUACUCUCGCAGAACAGCUCAAGUCUUCGCCCAAGACCGCAUCCCCGCCCCUGGCCCAGACAAAAGCCGCAGCCAUCACCUCCGCUUCCAACACUAGCUGCCAUGUGCGCCAUAUUCCAUCCAACGAGAGGACCAUUCUCCUGCGCUCAUCUCGACUACAUGGCAACAUCUUCCCGCCCUGGCAGACUGACCCUGACGAUGACAACUUUUCCCUGUUACAGGGACAAAGUGUCUUCUCAGACCCUGCCGAAUACAACAUGUCGAUUAGACAGGAGUCCAUUUUGGAGGGCUGGCAACGCCCUGUGGACCAAUCAAGGGGGGGUAUCAUGGAUGAAAACUUCAUGGCCUCAGAAAGCGAUUGUGAUCUCGUACAGGAUGUGACGACCGAUUGCUCGGUCGUGGCCAGUCUAUGCGCCGCUAUGAAGAUUCUACAAGGGGGCAGACAAUCAAUACUAAGUUCUAUCAUGUUUCCGUAUAACCACCCAAAGGGGCGACCCAUGAUCUCAAAGAGUGGCAAGUACAUAUUUCGCAUGCACUUUAAUGGCUGCUCUCGACAAGUUGUUGUGGAUGAUCGGCUACCUGUCUCGCGGAACAACCGCACCUUGUUCGUUGUUGAUCGCAAGAAUCCCAAUCUGCUGUGGCCAGCUCUGUUGGAAAAGGCUUACUUGAAGGUACGCGGAGGGUACGAUUUUCCCGGCAGCAACUCAGGCACCGAUUUAUGGGUAAUCACCGGCUGGAUUCCCGAACAGCUGUUCUUGCAGAGCGAAGAUGUAGACCUUGAGGGUGAAUGGGAUCACAUCAAGGAGGCAUACCAUGCCGAGAAUCUGAUCAUGACGCUAGGAACCGGUCGGCUGACGCAGUCUGAAGAAGACGCCUUGGGCCUAGUCGGCGAGCACGACUAUGCUGUGUUGGAAAUCGAUAGCUCGCCUGGGGCCCGCCGCUUGCUGGUCAAGAACCCGUGGUGCGACGGCCUUGUCUGGAAAGGUGUCGGUUCAUCUGGAAUUGUCGAGCAAACGGCGGCCGUGCCAUUGUCAGACCAUUUAGUCUCGAUUGAGCCAAGGUCCUCUGAACAUACCAGGCCCGUCGGGUCCUUCUGGAUAUCGGUGGAAGAUGUCGCGCAGAAUUUUGAAUCCAUGUAUCUCAACUGGAAUCCGGAUAUGUUCACACAUAGGCAGGAUCACCACUUUACGUGGCGCGUGCCUACCAAAAACAUGACGUCCUCUCUUGCCCACAACCCGCAAUACUCGGUCUUAUCACACACGGGACAGACUGUGUGGAUUCUGCUGAGCCGACACUUUGCAGACGAGGAACUCAACAUUGCACGGAAUAAAUCGGCUUCUUUGGCAGCGGUAUCAAGACAACUCGGCUUCACGAGCAUUUUCAUCUUCGAGAGCGAAGGCAAAAAGGUCCAGGUCAGGGAGGGCUUCGUCUACCAAGGCCCAUAUGUCGACUCGCCGCAAACCCUUGCCAAGUUCGAACUUCGCAGGGGCACGCCUUACACAAUUGUCAUGGCCCACCAGGACCUCCCGCUGGAUCACUAUUCGUGUACAUUCACUCUCUUUUCGAAGGCACCCCUCGAGGUCAAGCCAGCCGAGGAAGCAAUGAGCCACUAUCAAGAGUUUUCGAGUACUUGGACCAGGAGAACUGCGGGAGGCAAUGCGUCGUCCAUCACCUACUCGCAAAAUCCGCAAUUCAGCAUUUCCAUUCCUCGAACCACGCCUCUCUUCAUUCUACUCUCGUCGGGAGAUCGAGAGGUAGCAAUUCAUGUCGAUCUGGUGUGGGCACACGGCAAACGAGUGACAUCGAUCGGGGUCAAAGACGUUGUGGCUAGUUCCGGCGACUACCGACGGGGUAACGCGCUCGUACAGGUCCCUUUGGUGGAGCCGGGCACGUACACCAUCGUCUGCUCGACAUGGGAGCCCGGGCAGCUCGCAGACUUUGGCAUGCGCGUAGGGUCUCAGGUAGAAUGCCAGAUAAAGCCCGUACUGAGUGACAGAGCUGGUCUUUUGCGAAAUCUGGCGCCGGCCUUCAUCUUCAGCGAAGGGGAAGAGAAGAGACGGGCGUUGGUCACGGUAUCGCGGCUGUCUCGGGCCCAGGUUGUGGCACGUUGCCCGCCGCAGACGGGACUGAACAGUCAACCCAUUUCUACCACGGCUGUCCGCGUCUCCCUCGUCUACGGCCGAGGGCCACAGGAGUCGGUACUUGCCAUGUCAGGCAGCGGCGAAUUCCGGGAACUCACCACGGCUGUCAGGACACCCGAGUUCGACCUCGAGCCAGACCGUCUCCGACAAGAUCAACUGUGGCUCAUUGUGGAGCGACUCGGGAGUCAGCAGGGAUGUCAGAGCAUCGUGGUGGAAUUCUUGAGCGAUAAUCCGGUCCACGUCAGCGACUGGCAGAUGGCAUACUCAUAG